CGCUGAGGCGGCGGAAGCUGAGAACUACGGCGCCCCCGAUGUUUUUACUCAACAUUUGGUGUGGUGGUUUAUUACAUAAACCUUUGGCUCUUGCAUGAGAGAGUUUAAGUCUUCUGAGACAGCGUCACAGAAGGUGGUGACCAAACUUCUAAUAGCUGUGAUUAAGGAAGUGCCAUGCAGCAAGAAACAGAGAGAUGCAGAGUUCGAGCCAGAAGGCCUGACAUGGCACUCUAUGUACCCAAAGCUCGAAGGGGUAUGGUCCUCUCCAAGGCAGAUGAUGAGGGAAAAAGCCACGGUCCCCCUAACUCUGUGGCGAAAGAACAAAAAGAACAUUUUCUCUGCGAAAAAGAGCUCUUUAAAGACACACCUGGAGUUCAAAGAGUAGAUAUUAAUCCUGACAAAAAUGAACAUAAUCGUAGGGAAGGAAAGAAAUCUUCAACAAAGUUAAAAAAAGAUACAGGCCAUAGAGAAAAAAACAAAGGUAGAAUUUGCAUUAAGGAAGGGACCACUGAAUCCAAAGAAGUAUUAUCCCCAGUACAUCACCAAAGAGCCUCCACUCCUGAGAUUAUAUCCAAUGUGCCUUUUAAGCCAAAAAAGGUAGAACGCUUGGAAGCUGAGACCACAAAUAUGAUAAGUUGUGAGAAUUUGCUUCCGUCACAUUCUUGUUCAGAAGUUGGUGAGGCUCAAACUCUGGUCGCACCAUUCCAAAAUGUGGAAGGCUGUGAUUUUAGUAGGCAUGAACUGAAUGGGGAAACAUGGGAGGACAGAGAUUUGAAAAGCAGAAUUGAAACAGAUUCUAAUGUUGUGGAGAUAGUAUCCCAGUUUCCUGGGGUCUUCAAUUAUGCCUCGAAGCCUGGCGACAUAAAUGCAUCACUAAAGUUGACCUCUGAUUCUGGAAUUGUACAGCAAGAAAUGCACACAUCUGGUGGAAUAUUGAAACCCAGCAAUGAAGGCAUCAUGGCUAUUCCUGUUCUUGGAAGUCCAGACAUUAUCAUUGAUCAGACAUGUUUGGACUCUAAAGCUCAGACUGUAGGUGAGAGAGACAAUAGUUCGGGUAUAAUCUUGAGCGAGGAAAGUAUAGAUUCCAUUCCUGAGGUUCUGGGUCACAUCACUCAGAAAAUGCCUGUACUCAGCAAGUUAGAGAACAUAAAUGGCACUUUUGAUCCUAUAAUGAUUAGAAAAUGUGAGACAAAUGUUAGCACUGCUGCUGAGUUAUGUGUAAAGUAUGAACCUUCUGAUACAACUAUCCUUGCUCAUGAAACAUCCACAGAUAAUGGACUUGAUAGUGUAGGUGAUGUUACCACUAAGGUAUGUGUGAUGAACAUGACAGAUGUCUUCUCUGAGUAUGUAACUGUGGACAGCCCUUGUGUAGUUGCAGUUAAAAUAGUUGAUGAUGCCCGUAGCAACACAAGAAGUUUCUUAAAAUACACAGGAGUAAAUGCAGACACAGUUCCUCUUCGUGUAGAUAGAAGUGGAAAUGACACUAACCAUCUGAACAACCUGACUACUUGUUCAGACGUUUAUGCUGAGAGUACUGCAUCGAGCUGCCCAGAGCCAGCAGGAAAGUUGGCAGAGAGCUUGUCAGAUUGUGUGUCCUCCUUACCUAUAAAGAAGAUUGCUGGUAGUAAUUAUACCACUUUUUUGGACUCUAAACUUAGUAUAUUAAAUGGGACAAAAGUGCUUUCAGACAGUGCCUUGGGCAAUGAUGUGGAUUGUGCUGGUGAUGUCACAGAAAUGUUGAAUGAACUGAGAGCUGAGACGAUUAAAACAAAAGAGGAAGAUGAGUCAGAGGAUAGAAAAUUUGAUGUGUCUUUUUGUGAUACGGAAUCGGAAUCUAUGGAAACACCCAUGGAGCCAAAAGCAACAGAAACUUCUCAUGUGGAAGGAAGCACUGAGACUGAGGCAAGUUGGGACUCCAUGUUUAAUGAUGAUGGUGACUGCUUGGAUCCACGUCUUCUACAAGAGUUAUCAGGGAAUAUGAAAAGCAGAGAAAGCAUCCAGGAACCUAGAUUUGAUUAUUACAACCAUGAAGUUCCUGAUAUUGACCUCAGUGAUUGUGAAUUCCCACAUGUCAUUGAAAUUUAUGACUUCCCUCAAGAAUUUCGCACCGAAGACCUUCUACAGGUUUUCUGCAGCUAUCAAAAGAAAGGAUUUGAUAUUAAAUGGGUGGAUGAUACACAUGCUCUAGGAAUAUUCUCCAGUCCAAUUACAGCUCGGGAUGCUCUGGGUAGUAAACAUACCAUGGUGAAGAUCCGGCCCCUGUCACAGGCCACUCCAGCAGCCAAGGCCAAAGCCAGAGCUUGUGCUGAAUUCCUCCAGCCAGCAAAGGAGCGUCCUGAGACUUCAGCAGCCCUAGCCAGAAGGUUAGUCAUCAGUGCCCUUGGGGUUCGAAGUAAACAGAGUAAAACGGAACGUGAAGCAGAGCUCAAGAAACUGCAGGAAGCUCGAGAGAGAAAACGUCUGGAAGCCAAACAACGGGAAGACAUCUGGGAAGGCAGAGACCUGUCAGCUGUCUGAACAUCACUCAACAAAAGGGAAAAUUCCAUGGAUUCAGAAAACAUUUCUGUAGUCUUCAGAUAAGAGGAUCUUUCCUGAGCUUUGCAUACAUGCAGAUAGGCAUGUUAAUGAAAGAUCAAGAGUAGGAUGACUGACUGGGUGUAAAGGAAGAUGGGCUUCUGCCUGUCUUCACUCCUCAGUGUAGUGCUUUGAAAUCACCCUACUGUGAUGGGCACAGAAGAGAGCCAUCAGCCAGGAGGAACCAGGGAGCUGUGUGACUGCCCACAGUCCCGUAGGCAGGGAUAGUCAUGUUAGCUAGGCCCUACUUCAGGAUGUUUUAAGGAAAUUUCAAACAAAGCAGAGGAUUCAAGCCUGCCAUAACAGGAGACUAAGGCCCUACAAAGUCAGGCUUUCCUUGGACCCUCACAAAGCUGAGAGGAGUCAUGUUGAGGAAGGCAGAAUAGCACAUAGGGCAGAACAGCAGCGCAUGUACUUGGCAUGCGUGGGGCAGCUCCAGAACUCAAAAACUGGUGAAGUGCAGCAGAUGUGAGUAUUUGGACUCCAGGGUUUGUACUGAGCUGAGUGCCUGUGGCUGGUCCAGCUGCACAGCAGCCGCGGGGCAUGCCAGCUUCAGGUGCCAGUCCCAGUGUAAGCAGGCACACUAUCAUGUGAGAGGGAGACAUUAAAGCCCGUCUUAUGACAUGUCA